CAUUAUUCGCUCGCUAAAUCAGUUUCAUUCAACUCCUAUACCUCCUCGGCUAGCUUUUCCUACCUCGAUAAUGAAGAGCUACGCUCGGCCUGGCUCCAAGGUGUCCAACAGGGUGUUAGGCUGGCAAAUGAAGUCGCUGAACUUUUUGGGCUCACAUAUCAGCUGCUUACUGCUGCCCCGCGGUCGAUUAAUGACACCAACCCCAGCAUGAAUGCUACCAAUUCAAGUCUUUUCGACUCAAGCACUGGGUUUAACAGCUCUAUCCGCUUCGGUGCAGACAGGCCGCUGACACAUGUUGUCGAUGCUGCGGGCAAACUGGAUAGACUGACGGAAAAGCGGCGCUCGAAUGUGCUCCGAAUUGCAGAUGAGUUGCAUCGUCUGCUCCGAGCUCUGAUGUUGUCCGAGGCAACCGACUCUGGUCGGCUGACUGAGUCUCCGAUCUGUCUGUUAAACCCCUGCUCAGCCUCGGCACCAUUGACCUUCAUCACUUUGGGUGCCAACGCUUCAGCCUCUUUUGCUCCUUCCUUUCCCGCCGCUCAACCAACCCAAUCCGCUAUCGGAGCCGAAGCAUCAUCCGAAUACUCUCCUUCUGUGUCUCUGUCGACGAAGAUGAGCAGGCAAAUGUCUGCAGAAACUCCUUUCCACCCUGGAGCAGUUGCAUUGACAGCAGUAGGUUCCCGGUUGGAGAACUUGCUGCAUAAUGAUUCUUUGUUGACCAUGAUUCGAACAAAAGCCAGACAAAUCCACAGUCUGCUCGAUUUGGAUAUACAGACCUUGACAGAUUCAAUGACGACACUUUCUUUUUGA